GUCCGUCUGAAUAUUAUAUCCAAUCUAGAGUGUGUGAAUCAAAUCAUGGGAAUUACACAGCUUAGUCAAAGUUUGCUUCCUGCCAUUGUGGAGUUGGCGAGUGAUACAAAAUGGCGUGUUCGUUUAGCAAUAAUUGAGUAUAUGCCUCUUUUAGCCAGUCAACUUGGUUUGCAAUGUUUUAACGAGCGACUCACAAAUUUAUGCCUAGGUUGGUUAGUAGACGAUGUAUACGCUGUGCGUGAAGCAGCAGUAACUAAUUUACGAAAACUUAUGGAUCAGUUUGGAGUUGAUUGGGCCAGUUCUCAAAUUAUCCCACGUCUCAUACAACUUGCUCAUGAUCAAAAUUAUCUUCGUCGAAUGAUUUGUUUGGCAUCCCUUCAUCAACUUGGUGAAGCCCAGUCUUGUCGAUCUGAAUUACUGCAGAAACAUUUACUUCCUACUAUAGUUCAACUGGGUCAGGAUCCUGUACCGAAUGUUCGUUUCAAAGUUGGUCAGAUUUUGGGCAAACUUGGCCAUCUUCUGGAUGCAUCGACUAUACAGACAUUUGUUAAACCAACGUUAGAAAAACUGGGUUCUGAUACAGAUCCAGAUGUUGUUUUUUAUGCCAAAGAAUCCAGCGAAUUACUUCAUCUUUCAGGAAGAUGAAUAUCAUGUCAAAAAACCCUACGCAUUUUAUUCUGUGCACAGAAUAAUUAUGAUAUUUUAUUACAUGUAAAUUGACAGCAUCUGGCAUCUUUCUUCCUUCAGAGUAGUGAUUUUUUAUUAAUAAAGUAAAUGUUAGAUUUUGUGUUUGUGGUUCUUGUUCAAAUGUAUGUGUGUGCCUUUUAGCAAACUAUCUGCAUAUAUUCGUAAAUUCUGUUUUACUAUUUUAUUGAAGAAAACGAUGAAGAAGGAUGUGCAUGUUGUCGUCUUAUUUGUUCUCUACUUCAGGAAAGUAGUUUUCUUUCAGAAAACAAAACUUAAAUUUUUGUAAUGCUUCGUUUCUUUUUUAUUCAGUAAUACUUCGGAAUGCAAUAGUGUAAAGAAUUACAAUAAUUAGUCAUGUGCUUGACUCUAGUUCGUUGUAAAAUGACACAAAACAACCAAGUAUGCUAUAUAAAAAAAUGUCCCAGUGAUUGUAGCUGACAAACUAAACUUU